GUUUCACAGCGUUCCCCUUUGCUGUUUUGAUCUAGAUGACAUUAUAAAACGCCACCGAAAAGAGCAGACGGACGCCAGCGCCAUGGGGGACGGGCAAAGGCAGCAGGUCAAGACCAGGAACUCGGUGUACGGAUAUGGGCGGCCUCGCUUCCGUGCCUGGAUGCAGAGGAAUUUGCAAGGACCUGCCCGUUUUAGAAGAGGGUUUGGACAACAACAGUUCAACCGGAGACAAUUCAGGAAUGCUGUGCCCAGUCCCAGGAGAAGAGCAGCUGGUGCAUUGAAUGGAGUGAGCCCUUUAAAUCGCCAGGCAUCGGCUCCGGAGGGCAACACGAACAACGACGCUUUCUCCAAGAGCAGCAGCAGCAGCAUCGUGCAGGCAGAGGGACGGCGACGGCCACCCCCAGGCCCCAGGAGGUUCAGAGCAGCUGCUGCCAGUGCCCAGGCCACGGGGAGAAGAAAACCUGCUGGGCUGAACUUGGCACCAGCAUUCCAGCAGAAGCGGAUGCAGCAGCGGUUUCUCAAAGCCAAGUUUCAGAGAGGGAUGGAUGCUGAUGGCGACAGGAAACCACCACGGAUGAGAAGGUGGCAAGUGAAACCCAGCCCUGGAGCAGUUCUGACAGUGUCUGUGGCCAAUCCCCAGGCAGGCCAGGCCGGCCCGCCCGGAUCCAAGCGCCCGUUCCUGCGCAGCCGGAGGCCGCCGCCGCGGGCAGCCAAGCCCCAGCCCAAGGGGGUGCUGCUGAGGUUCAACUUCCGCGCCAUGGCCAACCAGACCAGCCUGACGCUGGAUGAGAGGUUCUCUGGUCUGAGGAAUAAGAGGCGCUUUACAGCAGCCAGGAGCGCCGGCCGGACGGUCACCAUGCCCUAG